AUGUCUGGCGGUGCUCCCCUGCCGCCUUCACAGAAGGAACUACAGAAGGUAAAUGAAGUGCAAUUUGAGAUAUUUAAGGAGAAACAGAUUAAGGAUUAUGCGGUAUGCCUUGUUGAGCAUGCCAAGUCGUACGAACGUGGUCGACCUGUGCGUGGUGGAAUUAAUGAUCUUCGUAUGGGAACCACCGAUUUUGAGUUUGCCUGUGAGACCUGUCACCGCAAACACCCGGAGUGCCCUGGUCACUUUGGCUAUAUUGAGCUUGCCGAGCCUGUCUUCAACAUUGGUGUCUUUGAUCUUGUCCUGCAGGUGCUCAAGUGUGUGUGCAAGUCGUGUGGGGCGCUGCUGAUGAACACGCAGGACCCGCAGGUGCUCAAAAAACUGCAGCACCUCACCGGCCUCAUGCGACUCCGUCAAGUGGCGAAGAUGUGCGGAAUGAAGUGCCGCAUGUCCACCGACGUGGAUGGGGCCAAUGAAGGAGAAGGCGGGGCCAAUGGAGGCGGAGGGGGUCGGGGGUGUGGGGCCACGCAGCCGCGGAUGGGCCGGCCGGCGGGCCUCUACCCGACCCUCGUCCUCCGGGCCGCCCUCGAGGAGCACGACGCCAUUUGGCACGCCGACGCCGCCCGCCACGUCCUCGACCGCAUCACCGACGAGGACGCCCGCCUGAUGGGAUUCGACCCCGUCCGCUGCCACCCCCGCGAUCUCAUCCUCACCGUCCUCCCCGUCCCACCGCCGCAGGUCCGGCCAGCCAUCGCCUUUGGAAGCAUCAAGUCCGAUGACGAGCUCACUCAUCAGAUCAUGUCCAUCGUCAAGCGCAAUAAUCAGCUGCGUAAGGAUAAGGAGUCGGAUGUACAGGCAGCAGUGGACCGAAGUAGGGCAUUACUACAGGAACAUGUCGCCACCUACUUUAAUAACGCCUCCACCUACUACAAACCAACAAAGGUAAAUGAUACCAAGAAACUUAAAUCAUUAACAGAACGAUUGAAGGGAAAAUAUGGUCGAUUACGUGGGAAUCUUAUGGGGAAACGUGUAGAUUUCUCUGCCCGAACCGUUAUUACAGGUGACCCAAAUAUAGAUGUGGAUGAGGUUGGUGUACCUUUUUCCAUCGCCAUGACUCUUACUUUCCCAGAACGUGUUAAUGCAAUUAAUAAAAAGCGUCUCACGGAAUUUGCCAGAAGACCAGUAUACCCAUCAGCAAACUAUAUUCAUCAUCCUAAUGGGACUACAACAAAACUUGCUUUGGUACGAGAUCGUUCUAAAGUAACAUUAAAUAUUGGUGAUGUGGUGGAGCGACAUAUUAUUAAUGGUGAUGUGGUACUCUUUAAUCGACAGCCAACAUUACAUCGAAUGAGUAUGAUGGGUCAUCGAGUACGUGUACUUAAUUACAAUACGUUUCGUCUUAAUUUAUCUUGUACAACACCUUAUAAUGCUGAUUUUGAUGGUGAUGAGAUGAAUCUACAUGUACCACAGAGUCUCUUAACAAAGGCAGAGUUAAUUGAAAUGAUGAUGGUACCUAAAAAUUUUGUCUCACCUAACAAGUCUGCCCCUUGUAUGGGUAUUGUGCAAGACAGUCUCCUUGGUAGCUACCGUCUCACUGAUAAGGAUACCUUCCUUGACAAGUAUUUUAUUCAAAGUGUGGCAUUAUGGUUAGACUUAUGGCAACUCCCAAUACCUGCUGUGUUAAAACCGCGACCACUUUGGACAGGUAAACAAGUCUUCUCUCUUAUUUUACCGGAGGUAAAUCAUCCAGCAACACCGCAAGAUAAACCACCAUUUCCACACAAUGAUUCAGCCAUUAUGAUAAGACGUGGUCAAUUACUUUGUGGUCCCAUUACAAAAGGAAUUGUAGGUGCUGCACCAGGAUCAUUGAUUCACGUUAUAUUUAAUGAACGUGGAUCAGAUGAGGUUGCCCGAUUUAUUAAUGGUGUACAACGCAUUACAACUUUCUUCCUUAUUAAUUUUGGUUUUAGUGUAGGUGUACAAGAUACUGUUGCUGAUGCGGAUACUUUAAGACAGAUGAAUGAGGUUCUUGUAAAGACACGAGAGAGUGUUGAAAAGAUUGGAGCAGCAGCUAACAAUCGUACCUUAAAUAGAAAAGCAGGUAUGACACUUCUACAAUCUUUUGAAGCUGAUGUGAAUAGUGCCCUUAACAAGUGUCGUGAAGAAGCCGCUAAAAAGGCACUUAGUAAUGUGCGCCGUACGAAUAGCUUCAAGGUUAUGAUUGAGGCAGGUAGUAAAGGAACAGAUCUUAACAUUUGUCAGAUUGCCGUUUUUGUUGGGCAACAAAACGUUGCUGGUAGUCGUAUCCCAUUUGGAUUCCGUCGUCGUACCCUCCCACAUUUUAUGCUUGAUGAUUAUGGAGAAACAUCACGUGGAAUGGCUAAUCGUGGAUAUGUGGAAGGAUUAAAACCACACGAAUUUUUCUUCCAUACCAUGGCAGGACGUGAAGGACUUAUUGAUACAGCUGUGAAGACAUCAGAUACUGGUUAUCUACAGCGUAAACUUAUUAAAGCAUUGGAAGAUGUUCAUGCCGCAUAUGAUGGUACAGUUCGUAAUGCCAAUCAAGAACUUAUUCAACUUAUGUAUGGUGAAGAUGGAUUAGAUGGAGCUCGUAUUGAAGGUGGUCAAAUGUUUCCACUCCCAUUUAAAGAUAAUAAAGAAAUGGAAAAUGCGUAUAAAUAUGAGUAUGAUGAAAAUGGAGCAUUUAAUGAAAAGGUAGGAGGUAUGUAUAUGGAUCCACAAGUAAAGAAAAUGUUGCGUGCUGACCCUGAGAAUGUACGAAAAUUGCAAGGAGAGUUUGAUCAACUUGUGGCUGAUCGUGACUGGGCACGAAGGAUGUUAGAUCUUGAAGAACGUGAAAAACUUAAAUUAAAUCUACCUGUUAACAUUGGACGUCUCAUUCAAAAUGCACGAAGUACUAUGGGUAAACGUAGUCAAGUCUCAAAUCUUAGUCCUAUUACUAUUAUUGAUCAUGUACGAAAAUUACAAGAUGAUUUAAUAAAACUUUUCCCAUGUUAUCAUAGGGAUAUUGAUGGACGUAUUACGAAUGUAUUAAGUCGUCACCGCAUUGAUAGUGCUCUCACACUCUUUACUGUACAUCUUAGACAGUUACUCGCUUCAAAGCAAGUUUUACGAGAAUAUAAAUUAAAUGAUAAAGCUUUUGAGUACUUAUUGAAAGAAAUACGUACAAAAUAUCAACAAUCUCUUAUUUCACCUGGUGAAAAUAUUGGAGCUAUUGCAGCUCAGUCUUGUGGUGAACCUGCUACCCAAAUGACAUUAAAUACAUUCCAUAAUGCUGGUAUUUCUUCUAAGAAUGUUACACUUGGUGUACCACGUUUACUUGAGCUUCUUAAUGUUUCACGUCAUCAGAAACAUGCAAGUAUGAAUAUUUCACUUUAUCCUCCAUGGGAUAAGAAACGUACAGCCCAACAAGCCCAACAUCUUAUUGAAUACUGUACAUUAGAGAGUGUUACCAAACGUAUUCAAUUUAUUUAUGAUCCUGAUCCUCGUGAGACGGUGGUAGAGGCAGAUCGUGCUAUUUUAGAGUUGGAAUGGAGUGUGAUGGAUGAAAGUGAUGAACGUGCACGUUUGGAGGAGGUAGAGAAUGGCUCACCAUGGGUUGUACGAUUAGAGUUGGAUGCAGAUAUGUUUGUGGAUAAGGCACUUAAUAUGAAGGAUGUUAAACAAGCCAUUCUUCGUGUGGAUGACAGUUAUGUUAUUGAAACUGGUAUGGUAAAUGAUACCAAAGAGCGAACCAUUCGUAUGCGACCAAAGAAAAAUGAUGGUGCAGACUCUAUUCCAAAAUUAAAACAUACAAUUCCAGAACUUUUGGCACGGGUACAUUUACGUGGUAUUCCUGGUGUACGUAAGGCGUUAUUAAAGGAUACCACAACUUUUAAAGUGGAUCCCACAACAGGUAAGAUGACAGGUGAAAAGACAUGGUUAAUCGAUACAGAUGGAACUGCUUUACGUCGUGCCUUUAUUGGUGUAGUAGAUGAAAAUGGAAAAAAUAUUAUUAACGCUUGCAAAACUAGCAGUAAUAAAGUACCAGAAGUUUGUACUCUACUUGGUAUUGAGGCAGCUCGUUAUAAAAUGUUGCAUGAGUUACGUGAGGCUUAUCUUGCCUAUGGUCUUAAUAUUAAUUACCGUCAUUAUACAAUUCUUGUAGAUACUAUAUGUCAACGAGGUUAUUUAAUGGCUGUUUCACGUGUUGGUAUUAAUCGAUCUGAGAUGUCAGGUCCUUUAAUGCGUUGUUCCUUUGAAGAAACUGUAAAGGUACUUAUGGCGGCAGCAUCUUUUGGAGAACGAGAUCCUGUACGUGGUGUAUCUGCUAAUCUUGUAUUGGGUAAUCAAGCACGUAUAGGUACAGGUCUCUUUGAUCUUGUACUAAACAUGGCAGCCUUACAACAAGCUGUACCACAAGAAGACGCUGUAGCACCUGGAAAAGAUGUGAAUGUUUAUCAUGGUCUUGCUUCUACACAGAAUAUUCAAUCCUCUGUACCGUAUCGUGCGAAGGAUCAUGAGGCCACACCAUUUGUAAAUGAAGCGAGUCUUUUCUUCCGCGACGCCGGUGCUGGAUCUUCACUUGCGGCUGGUGGUGCAACAACAACGCCAUUUACGGCCUCUACACUUUAUGGUGGUAUGCAUGAGGCAAGUGCGGUACACUUCAGUCAAAUGUAUCCCGCGAGUGUAAUGGCAGAACAGCGUGGUCGUGCGGCGAGUGUCUCCCAACCGUACAGUGUGCUUUCCUCAGCAAGUGUGUACAACCCGGUAUCUCUCACCAUGCCAACAGUUGCCAUGGGUACACAUACGAGCAGUGUUGGAGUUCCCAGUGCGGAUUACAGUGAGGCCUCCUCCUUUCAUCUGCAGUCCAGCAUGGCCAUGCCAUCUGUUCACUCCUCCCCACUCAAUCCCUACGAUAACAACCUCUACGAUAAUAAUAAUAAUAUUAACGACCAUCAUCAUCAUCAUCACCAUCACCAGAAUAAUAAUAAUAAUAAUAAUAAUAAUAAUAAUAAUAAUAAUAAUAAUAAUCAUCAUUAUAAUAACGGCUUUGACCAUCGUGCGGAGCUUUCCCCUGCCUAUGUGCCCUCUGUGGUAUCCACCGUCGCCCAACAGCCAUACGGCGGCGAUGGGGCCGAUUCCGAAUCGCAGUCCGCCUCUUACGUCCCCCGCGUAUCCCCCGAGUACACUUCCUACACAACAGCAGCAAUAGGAGGAGGAGGAGGAACUAAUUUACCGGCUGGGGCGACGGGCCGCGUGAGUGCCGCUCCCCACUCGGCGGAGGGCUCGGCGAAUUAUGUGCCGACCUCCUCAGGGCCGCAUGGACUGCCGCCGCCAAUGGGGGAGUUCUCGCCAACAGAGGAUCAGGAGGAGGAGGAGGAAGAGGAACAGAAUCGACGACAAUAG